AUGGCUAUCCGAGAGCACUUCCGCCGCGCUGUGCGCUCCGACGCUUCAAGCACAAACAUCGUCGACGCCAACACCCCAGGAAAGAUCACAGCUACCAUGACCAAGUCCAGCCAGAACAGUGACAAGUCCGACUCAUCAAAAUCAUCACUCGUCAACAAGCUGUCCCGUACCUGGACGUGGGGGUCUAAGGACAAGGAUGCCACCAAGGAGCGCAAGACCAAGAACAAGAAGGGAAAGAAGAUCACCCACCCUAGCGAGAAGCCAAUGACCGCACAGAAUCUCCAGCACCAGGAGAUGCUCUCUCACUUCGACUUUACCUUUGGUGCCUCGUGUCCUGAGCAAAUCGAAGAGGACAAUUUCAUUGGCAUCAGCCCUUGCUGCACCAGAGCCCCCAGCGUUGUUGACUUCUCACUGGAAGGCGACAGCGAAAGCGAUGAUCAGACUUCUUCGUCGUCUUCCUCCGUCAAAUCAUCGUAG